GCCAUUUCUCCUAUUAAUAUAUGUUAUAUUAAUAAUGUAUAUCGGAUGGGGAUGCUCUUAUAUAAAUUUUCAUGAUUUGCAUACUGUUUGGUUGGUGUUUUGUAUUAUGUUCUGAUAGAGAAAUAAAUGUAUAAACUCAACCUCCUCGGCUGUGAUGAUGACAACAGCAUGUGGGGAUACGGGAUUUUGAUUACCAUCUCCUCAAUGGCUAGGUAACCCGGAUGGCCAUGAAGUACUGACAACCGGUUGUUGCAGCUAUGAGUGGGUGGCAAUCUUAUCUUUUGUAUUGCCAUUUGGUUCUUGAGCCCUGAUCAAAAACCAUACAUCAAUUCAAAUAUCUUUUCUAAUCUCUAAAUGUUUUUUUAGAGAUGGAUUCACAAGACUUGACUAGUAUGUACUUCACCAACCUCCUUAGUCAAGAUCCUCAACUCGACCCCACUUAUGGUGGGCAAAGUGGAACUUCUCCAAUUACCCUUGAUGACUCUCCAACCCUACCCCCUAACGAGCCCAUCAGCGUUAGGAAAUCAGUCAGGGGUGCGAAUUUCACCCCCGAAGAAGACAAGUUACUUGUCUCCGCUUGGUUAAAUUGUAGCCUUGAUGCCGUUCAGGGAACAAAUCAAAAACACUCCCAACUAUGAAAAAAAAUUUAUGAGUACUUCUAGCAAUUUAAAGAAACCACAAAUGAGCAGACAAUAAAAUCUUUAAUUCAUCGGUGGUCGGUUAUCCAAAAGGCCACAAACAAAUUUUGUGCGAAACUAGCCCAAGUUGAAGGGUUAAAUCAAAGUGGCAUGACCGACCAAGACAAGUUCGACAAGGCCAAGGUUAUGUACCAAGCGCUAGAAAAAUGCUCCUUCCAAUUUGAGCAUUGUUGGCACCUGUUGAAGGACCAACCUAAGUGGAUUUGGCGCGCCACAAAGGAGGAUCCAAAACAAAGGAAGACGAUGUCCCCAUCCCCGACCCCAACUCGAUGUUCUGGCGCUACAAUUGAUUCAGCUUUUGAUAUUGUGGCGGAUGAAGUCAUGGAGAAUGAAGUUAUCGAGUUGGACCGACCAAUUGGAAGGAAAGCUGAGAAAGGAAAACGAAAAGCCCAAAGCAAGCAAGUAGAGGAAACUUUCCAACUCAGGAAGAUGAAGUAUACUCUUUUGGAGGAGUCACGCGCUCAGGAGAAAUAGUUUUAUCGAAUGAAGGCCGAGAAGAUGAAGUAUGACAAGGAAAAAGAGGAAAAAAAAAAUACGCCUUGAGGAUGAACGACUGAGGUUGGAGGCCGAGAAGAUGGUAAUUGAGAGGGAAAAGGAGCUCGCCAAAAUUCGUCAAGAGGACGAAAGGUUAAGGUUGGAGGCGCAGAAAGUGGAGCUUGCUACGAAAGAUCAAGAUCAGCGCAUUAUGAUGAUGGACGUGAGUGGCAUGCCUGAAUUGCAGCGGUUAUAUUUCCAGUAACUCCAGAGGGAAAUCAUGGCGAGACGCAAUACUUCUCAAGAUUGAACUUCUUGUUUUUUAAUAUUACCAUUUUCAGUUGUAUUUCUUAUUUUUUGUUUUGAACAAUGAUAAAUAUAUAAAAAGCAUGUGAUUGUAUUUUUUAACAUUUUUAGUAU